CAAUCACCAAAUGCUCGCCUCUUCGACCUCCGCGUCGACGUCAUCGAGGCCGGGUUCCCCGCCUCCUCCCCCGACGACCUCGAGGCCGUCCGAUCGAUCGCCAGAGAGGUCGGGAAUCAGGUGGAUGAGUGUGGUUAUGUUCCCGUGAUAUGCGGGCUGGCGAGGUGCAUGAAGGGGGAUAUUGAACGGUCGUGGGAGGCGGUGAGGUUUGCAAGGAGGCCAAGGAUUCAUACGUUUAUUGCGACGAGCGAUAUACAUUUGGUGCAUAAGUUGAAUAAGAGUAGGGAGGAGGUGGUUAGGAUUGCGAGGGAGAUGGUGGCGUUUGCAAGGGGGUUGGGGUGUGUUGAUGUUCAAUUUAGCCCCGAGGAUGCUGGAAGGUCAGACCGAGAAUUUCUUUAUCACAUUCUUGAAGAAGUUAUUAAAGCAGGAGCAACAACUGUCAAUAUUCCCGAUACAGUUGGUUACACUCUUCCUUCUGAGUUUGGUCAGUUGAUUGCUGAUAUAAAAGCUAACACACGUGGCAUAGAGAAUGCAAUCAUUUCAACACACUGCCAAAAUGAUCUUGGUCUUGCAACAGCUAACACGUUAGCAGGUGCUUAUGCAGGGGCAAGGCAAUUAGAAGUUACUGUCAAUGGUAUUGGUGAAAGAGCUGGAAAUUUUCGAUUGGAUUCUGUGUAGGUUGUCAUGGCCAUACAGUGUCGUACAGAACAAAUGGGAGGGCUUUAUACUGCGAUAAACACUAAGCAUAUUUCAAUGGCAAGUAAGAUGGUGGCAGAAUACAGUGGGUUGCAAGUGCAACCACAUAAAGCUAUUGUAGGAGCCAAUGCUUUUGCUCAUGAAAGUGGCAUUCACCAGGACGGAAUGCUCAAAUUCAAAGGCACUUAUGAGAUUAUGUCUCCUGAUGAUAUUGGAUUGUCUCGGUCAAAUGAAUCCGGUAUUGUUCUCGGAAAGCUCAGUGGUCGCCAUGCUUUGAAAUCUAAGCUUUCUGAGCUAGGUUAUAUAAUAGACGGGAAGGAACUUGAUGAUGUGUUCAAGCGCUUCAAAGAAAUUGCAGAAAAAAAGAAGCAUAUAUCUGAUGAUGACAUAGAAGCACUGAUUACAAAUGAGUUAUUUCAACCGAAAGUCAUUUGGUCACUUGGUGGUUUACAGGUUACCUCUGGUUCUCUUGGCCUCUCUACAGCAACCGUGAAGCUUGUUACAGCAGAUAAUAAAGAGAAGAUUGCAUGCUCAAUAGGAACAGGUCCAGUUGAUGCAGCUUAUAAAGCUGUCGAUAGUAUAGUCCAGAUUCCAGUGACCCUUCUAGAGUACUCGAUGAAUGCAGUCACAGAAGGUAUAGAUGCAAUUGCCUCAACAAGAGUACGUAUUCGUGGAGAUGACAGCCCUUUAUCUACCCACGCCAUGUCAGGAGAAACUAUCCGUACUUUCAGUGGAAGUGGAGCAGAUGUGGAUGUUGUGGUUUCAAGCGUUCGUGCAUAUCUGAGCGCAUUAAACAAGAUGUUGGGUUUUAGGGACAGGUCUUCGGGCGAAAGUACAAAGAAUAGUAAAAGGGUUAUGGUUCAGAGUGGAUAGAAUUUUCGUUGUGGUAGAAGAAACGGUCUAAUUUAUGAUCUCAAGGGAAGCGUUUCAUCUCACUUUCAAGUUUCAAACUGUAGGGUAGAGUGGGUUUAUGUACAUGACAAUGUACUUUUUAAGUGUUAUUUUAGUUCUAAAGUUUAGUUAGCCGUAGUCCCUGCUUUUGUUUAGAGAAUUAAUGAGGUUUGCUUAAUGAAUGUACUUUAUAAUAAAAGUUGAGCUGAGUUUAUACAAAUGCAGCGUUGCUAGA